CGGCCGUCGGCCGCUUAACCGACUGAGCCACCCAGGCGCCCCUAAAGAUGGCCUUUAAAAUCCUAAUUGAAGGAUCUAUCAGGUUGUGUACUUAGCCACAGAGUUGAUUUUAAUGGAGUGUUGAUGAAAUUGGUGAUCACGGGAUGAUUCAGUUGUGUGUAUUUAGAGCUCUUCUCGGAGGUGGGUUCACCCCUAUUGUUUGUGUUUCAAUUCCACCCUGAACUAGAAAGGAAAGAAUGAGAUGGAAAAUCAAAAAAAUCUAUAGUGCCACCUGCCUCUGAAGCCUUACUUAGCCUGCCGUUUAAUAAAAUUGUUUGUCGUAAAAGAAAGUAGUAAAGACAUUGAACUUGCUCCAAGGAGAAGCUGUUUCUGCAAAGAGACCCUUUAUGUGGAUGAAAGAACUUCAUAGUUUGGAACUUUUAUGUUCUGAUCUCAAUCUCUCUAAAUUUAAGAACAUUUCAAUGAAGUUUUCCCAUUUCCAGCUAGUGACAGACUGCAUUCUGGUUUUAGCCUUUGAAGGAAAUUGAGAUCCAAUUUAAUGGGGAAAGAUUUCCAAGUUUUAUAGUUUUCUUUUUGUGGAGAUUUGAUAUGUAAAUAAGGUAGUUUUUAUUUCCAAUUAUCAAUCUUUUUAAAAAAUAAACUUAAUUUUUAGGACAGUUUUAAAUUUACAGAAAAAAUAUAUACAGUACAAGGAGUUUCCAUCAAUUCCAUAUCCAGUUUCCCUUAUUAACAUCAUAUUAGCAUAUGUGUAACAUUUUUUUUUACAGUUAAUGAAUCAGCAUUGAUCAUCCCACCGUAGUUAUUCAUUGAGAAGUCACUCAAAGUUUUUUUAAAAGGUAGGAUUGCCUGCUGAUUUUAAUAGUAGAAGUCUAGAAAAUUACUGGAUUGAUAUAUCAUCAAGACUUAGUUUUUUCUUUAAUCAGCUUUACUGAGGUAGAAAUUUACAUAUGGUAAAUUCACAUUUUAUGUAUACAGUUCAGGGAGUUUUCAUAAAAGUGCAUUGUCAUAUAACCAACACCACAGCCAUGGUAUGAAUAUUUUCAUCAUCCCAAAAAAGUUCUUUUAUGCUUCUUUCCAUUUAUUUUAUUUUUAUUUUUUAAAGAUGGUUUAUUUUUAAGUAAUCUGUACACCCAGUGUAGGUCUUGAGAUUACAACCCCUGAGAUCCAGGGGCACGUGCUCUACCAAUUGAGCCAGCCACGCGCCCCAUGCUUUUUCCAUUUAAUCCCUUUCUCCAACCUCAGCACCUGGCAACCGCUGAUCUGCUUUCUGUCACUGUAGAUUUGCCAUUCGUAGAAUCAUUCUAGUAGAACGAUUCAUAUAGUACAUGGGUUUUUGUGCCUGGUUUCUUUCACUUAGCGUAAUGCUUUUGAGAUAUAUUGUGCAUGUAGGAAUGAGGAACUCCUCCUCUUUUAUUGCUGAGUAGUAUUCCAUCCUAUGGACAAACUGUCAUUUGUGUCCAUUUGGCACUCCAUAGAUAUUUGUGUUGUUUCUACCUAUUGGCUAUUAUGAAUAAAGGUGCUGUGAACAUUUGUGUAGAGGUCUUUGUGCAGACAUAUGUUUCCAUUUCUCUUGGAUAAAUGAUAAAAACUGUAUGCUAGGUUGUGUGGUAAGUGUAUGUUUAACUUUAAUAAUGAACCCCCAAAACUAGCAAACUGUUUUCCUAAGUGGCUCUACAUUUUGCACUCCCAACCAGCAGCAUGUAAGGAUUCCCGCUACUCCACAUCCUCACCAAUUGGUAUUACCAGUUUUUUGAUUUUAGACAUCCUAACAGCUGAACAUUCGUUUUGCCUUAGUGUCUUGCCAUCCCUCUGAAGAACAGAAGGCACGUUAUAAAACCAGACAGUUCCCCUUGCAUUCUAUGAGCAAAAUGGAUAUCUCAAACCCCCCAACUUCCAAAUGUAUCACUUACUGGAAAAGAAAAGUUAAAUCUGAAUACAUGCGACUCCGACAACUGAAGCGGCUUCAGGCAAAUAUGGGCGCGAAGGCUCUAUAUGUAGCAAAUUUUGCAAAGGUUCAAGAAAAAACCCAGAUCCUCAAUGAAGAAUGGAAGAAGCUUCGUGUCCAACCUGUGCAGUUGAUGAAGCCUGUGAGUGGGCAUCCUUUUCUCAAAAAGUGUACCAUAGAGAGCAUUUUCCCAGGAUUUGCAAGCCAACAUAUGUUAAUGAGGUCUCUGAACACAGUUGCCUUGGUUCCCAUCAUGUAUUCCUGGUCCCCUCUCCAGCAGAACUUUAUGGUAGAAGAUGAGACAGUUUUGUGCAAUAUUCCCUACAUGGGAGAUGAGGUGAAAGAAGAAGAUGAGACUUUCAUUGAGGAGCUCAUCAAUAACUAUGAUGGGAAAGUCCACGGUGAAGAAGAGAUGAUCCCUGGAUCUGUUCUGAUUAGUGAUGCUGUUUUCCUGGAGUUGGUAGAUGCUCUGAAUCAAUACUCAGAUGAAGAGGAGGAAGGGCACAAUGACACCUCAGAUGGGAAGCAAGAUGACAGCAAAGAAGAUCUGCCAGUGACAAGAAAGAGAAAACGACACGCUCUUGAAGGCAACAAAAAGAGUUCCAAGAAACAGUUCCCAAACGACAUGAUCUUCAGUGCAAUUGCCUCGAUGUUCCCUGAGAACGGUGUCCCGGAUGACAUGAAGGAGAGGUACCGGGAGCUGACGGAGAUGUCAGACCCCAAUGCGCUUCCCCCUCAGUGCACACCCAACAUCGACGGCCCCAACGCCAAGUCCGUGCAGCGGGAGCAGUCUCUGCAUUCCUUCCACACACUUUUUUGCCGACGCUGCUUCAAAUACGAUUGCUUCCUUCACCCUUUUCACGCCACCCCUAAUGUAUAUAAACGCAAGAACAAAGAGAUCAAGAUUGAACCAGAACCAUGUGGCACAGACUGCUUCCUUUUGCUGGAAGGAGCGAAGGAGUACGCCAUGCUCCACAACCCUCGCUCUAAGUGCUCCGGGCGUCGCCGACGAAGGCACCACAUGGUCAGUGCUUCCUGCUCCAACACUUCAGCCUCUGCUGUGGCUGAGACUAAAGAAGGGGACAGUGACAGGGAUACAGGCAAUGACUGGGCCUCCAGUUCUUCAGAGGCCAACUCUCGCUGCCAGACCCCCACAAAGCAGAAGGCUAGUCCGGCCCCCCCUCAGCUCUGUGUAGUGGAAGCACCCUCGGAGCCUGUGGAAUGGACUGGGGCUGAGGAAUCUCUCUUUCGAGUGUUUCAUGGCACCUACUUCAACAACUUCUGUUCCAUAGCCAGACUUCUGGGAACUAAGACGUGCAAGCAGGUCUUUCAGUUUGCAGUCAAAGAAUCACUUAUCCUGAAGCUGCCAACAGAUGAGCUCAUGAACCCGUCGCAGAAGAAGAAAAGAAAGCACAGGUUGUGGGCUGCACACUGCAGGAAAAUUCAGCUGAAGAAAGAUAACUCUUCCACUCAAGUGUAUAACUACCAGCCCUGCGACCAUCCAGACCGCCCCUGUGACAGCACCUGCCCCUGCAUCAUGACGCAGAAUUUCUGUGAGAAGUUCUGCCAGUGCAACCCGGACUGUCAGAAUCGUUUCCCUGGCUGUCGCUGUAAGACCCAGUGUAAUACCAAGCAGUGUCCCUGCUACCUGGCAGUGCGAGAGUGCGACCCCGACCUGUGCCUCACCUGCGGGGCCUCGGAGCACUGGGACUGCAAGGUGGUUUCCUGCAAAAACUGCAGCAUCCAGCGAGGCCUCAAGAAGCACCUGCUGCUGGCCCCCUCAGAUGUGGCCGGAUGGGGCACCUUCAUUAAGGAGUCUGUGCAAAAGAACGAAUUCAUUUCUGAAUACUGUGGUGAGCUUAUCUCUCAAGACGAGGCUGAUCGACGGGGGAAGGUCUAUGACAAAUACAUGUCCAGCUUCCUCUUCAACCUCAACAAUGAUUUUGUAGUAGAUGCUACCCGGAAAGGAAACAAAAUUCGAUUUGCAAACCAUUCGGUGAACCCCAACUGUUAUGCCAAAGUGGUCAUGGUGAACGGGGAUCAUCGCAUUGGAAUCUUUGCUAAAAGGGCAAUUCAAGCUGGUGAAGAGCUCUUCUUUGAUUACAGGUACAGCCAAGCUGAUGCCCUCAAGUACGUGGGGAUCGAGCGGGAGACUGAUGUCCUUUAGCCCUCCUGGGCCCCACGCCAGCGCUUAUGGUAGCAGCAUUGUCUUUGCUCUCAUGCACACAGCACCGCUGCUCGACUUUCCUGCACUACGUGUCUCCCACACCGAGAAACCCCCCACCCGCUCCCUGCGCAGCGAGGCCUCCGCUGUGUCCAGUGGGGACAGACUGUCUCAGUGAGAGAGGAGACAGAGGCAGCUAGGGCUGGGCUCCCCAGGAGAGAGCUGUAGAAGCUGGAGACCGCGUCUCAGGCCUUGGAGGAAGAGAGCACAGGCUGGGGGUGGGUGGCUCAGCGUGGUUUCUUGUCCGUUCCGUAGGUCUUGGGCCUCAGCAGUCAACCUGGGCAGUUCCUAACAAGCAUUGGCCUGUAAUUCUAACUUUCCAAGUCAAGGGUCCUUGUGUAAUUGGGUCGCCAGCCUAUGUCUCUGUGGUAGGUCGUAGGACCGGAGAGGAUGGGCUAAGUGAAGUUUGGUACCUGGAGCUUACGAGUGGCCUGGGUUAAAGACAAGCCUGGCGGGUGGCACAGACUGAAUUCAGAGGGGAGACGGGUCACCUUACUACCUCUUCCCUCCUGGCGGGGUUCACAUUGAAGGAGUGUGGGUUCUGACUAUAGAAAUUCAAUGCUGGGAGAAGGAAAGCUAAGUGCCAUUCUUCCACGGACAGAGAGCGAGAGCCAUCCUGAUGACAGCAGUUCAGCUGCUAAGCUUGGGGCCCAACAGGCUUUCAGAAACCUUCUCUGUACUCUGGAGAUGGAUGGAUAAGUUUUCAGAUUCCUGAAAGCAGGUGCCAGUGCCCUGUCAGCUCCUUCCAAAGCUCGGGCUUGGCGACCGCAGGCAGGCAUCGUGCUGCUACUGAAGACGCACAGGAGGUAUGCCGGGCCAGGCCGGGCGUGCGCGCUCUGGUCCUGGGUAUGGAGGCCAUCUUCAGGCCUUGCAUUCCCUUUAGAGGCCAAGCCCAUGGGGCCUCUGUUGCUUAUCUCUUCCGGGUAGAUGGGCGAAAGCCUGGACUAGAGAGGGGGAAGGUUGUCAAGGUGAUUUACUUUCCUGUCUGUAGCACCUGCUGUUGGAGAGGGUGAGUUGACAGCAUGUGUUUGGAGAUGGGUGAGGGGCUCCCAAGUUGCACGUGUUCAGGAUGGCACCACGCUUGCAAGUGCACACUGGCGGAGGGUAUUUGAAGUGUUGAGAAGAAGCAGGCCAACCUCCUGUGCCACUGCAUGGUGCCGUUCUCUCUGGGAUUCUUGAAGAGCAAAGCACUUUAUUUCUUUGAGAAGGUCUGUAGCUGAGGUGGAGUUUGAACUAAAGUCUCUGGGAUCCCUGCCCAAAUCCCAUUCCUAAGGGAAAGGGAAGGAGAGGGGGUUGGAAGAUUCCCCUCCAGUUCUGUCUCAGCUCCUGGUGGAGGCAGGAGGAGCUUCCUUGACACACAGGAAGUGAAUGAGGAUGGGGCCAGCUCUAGGAGCCAGCCCUGUGUCUGUGGCUGGCGUGCUGAGCUGACAGGGAAUAAGGAGCAUUGUGCUGGGUAAAAAGGAUGUGGCAGUGACAGGCUGGCCUAGGGAAUAUCAGCAUAGGGAGCAGGCUUGUCUUUUCUCUAGGGAAUCCAGGCCUUUCUUCCUCAGUCUGUACUGACCACUGCCUUCCUCCAUCCCUACUGGCUGUCCCACGAAGCAAGGAGUGGGGUUCCCUCUGGCCAAACCGUCGUCUGGGGAUUUGGGUGGGACGUGCACACACACACACUCACAUCUCCACGCGCCACACUUGUGAGCACUCAUGCACUCAGCACUGAGCACACACCCAGCCAGCUCCUGACGGAAGCCUCUUCCCACCUGACCGGCCAGCCCCGCCACCAUUCCGAAAUCUGCAUCUGCUGUGGUUUGUAUCCGUUGUGUACCGGGGAUGCCCUCUAGCCCGACUGGGCUCUGAAGUACUCGUAAAUUAUAGGGGAAAAUCAGAGACAAAUGAAGAAGCAGGAGUUAGGUCUGUCUGAAAAUGGGGCUGGCUGUGAGGAAAUCAUGGGGAAAAAAUUAUAUCCAGCCACUGAGAGGCUAGAUUGACCCCACUCUUCCCUCAGCAUGCGGAACCCUGUCCUUCCCAGUUUCAGACCACUGAUACUCCUGUUCUGCCAGCAUUCCUAUUUUCCCUGCUGUCCCCCACGUUUAAUGACGGGUCUCAACCCCUCCCCCCAGACAUGGUUGAUGGAUGGAGCAAGGUGGUGGGGACUUGGGGUGGGGGAGGCUGGUAUAUGUGCGGCUUUAUCGCCAGUGAAUUUCACGCACUUUAAAGUCCUGUGGCUUGUGACCUCUUAUCUGAAUAAAGUGAUAGAGUCCAUUUUGGCAA